AUGGAGUGGAUUGUGCUUAUUGUUGUCCUGGGAGCAGUUCAGCUGAGUUUGGCACAGAACUUUACAGACCAAUGCAAAGGAGUUCAGUAUGACAUUGUACGUCAUCCGGAUUCAAACAAGAAGUACAUUGUAUGUGCCUAUGGAAAUGGACAGGAAAUAAACUGCCCUACAGAGACCCCCAACGGGCAAAACUCAACAACACCUGUAGUACCCGAUACCUGCUUCGAUAGUUCCCUCAAAUCUUGCACGAAAGAUGCCUGCAAUAUACCAAAAGAACCAAGUGCGAUUGUCAAGGGAUACUGCGCUACAAAAGAUCCCUUGGAGAAGAUAGCCUCAGUAGACUGUGGCCAUUUUUACGUAUGCUUGGGCGAAAACGAUCCCUUUUAUGUUGAAUGUCCCAAAGGUCAGCAUUAUUCGCAGUUCGACCAGAAGUGUACAUCGCCCGCUUUGGCGAAAUGCAUGACUCCGGAUAAGCUGUGUGCCAAUACGGAUAAAAAUGCAACGUUUGCUGCCGAGAAUUGCAACGAGUACUAUGUCUGCAAUACCAACCAGUUGUCCAAACGCAAUUGUGCCUAUGGCUAUGUCUACAGUGAAGAAGCAGAGUCCUGUGUGGCCGAUGUUGCAAUGAGCUGUGGGGCCCACACCAAGCCCGAUUGCAGCGACUCGAAAAAUGCCAAUACUUACUUCGCCCAUAAGGAUUGCACCAAAUUCUACAUGUGUAUUCAAACUGAGGUCUACGAGGGCAAGUGUGCCACAGGAUACAGUUUCAACAGCAAAACUUCGUCCUGCCAGGCUGGUGUCUGUUAG